UUUAGUUUUACGUCGUAAUUUCAAUAGUCAAUUGGGUAUAAAUAAUAUAUCCCAUUUCCAAAAUUUUAAAGGUAAUCAAUUACUGAAAGUGAUAUUGAUAACUACUAAAAACAUGGGUCGAAAUUAUCUUGCUAUCUUACUCCUUGGAGUCUUACUCCAUUCAACAAUUUCAUCACCAGUGGAUAUUAACAACCAAGGAAUUCAAGGGCCACAACAACCUGAGAACAAUAAUGAACAAAAAGAUAACAAUCAUGCAGUUCAAGAACAACAACCUAAUGAUAACAACGAACAAAACAAUCAAGGACCCCAAGGAGAAGAACAGCCUGUGGAUGCAAAGGAAAAGGUUGAUGAAUCCAAAAAAGUAAAAGAUGAAAAAGAACAUAAAAAAGAAGAAGCAGAAAAAUUGAAGGAGCAUAAAAAAAAGGAACAUAAAGAAGAAGAAGCAGAAAAAUUAAAGGAGCAUAAAAAAAAGGAACAUGAAAAGAAAGAAGAUAAAAAAUCAGAAGAAAAUUCAGAAGAAGAUUCCAAAAAACCAAAACAUCACCCAAGUGGUAAGCCACCAGGAGGUAAACCACCAGGAGGCAAACCACCAGGAGGUAAACCACCAGGAGGUAAACCACCAGGAAAUAAACCACAUGGCGCAAAACCACCAGGCCUAGUAAAAGAAGUAAGUGAACAUGAAAAAAAAGAACAUGAAAAAUUAAAGGAACACAAAAAGAAAGAACAUGAAAUAAAAGAAGAAAAAAAACCAGAAGAUGAUUCCAAAAAACCAAAACAUCAUCCAAAUGGUAAACCACCAGGAGGUAAGCCACCAGGAGGUAAACCACCAGGGGGUAAACCACCAGGAGGUAAACCACCAGGAGAUAAACCACCAGGCAAACCAAAAUCAGCAGAAGCACAACUUACCUUAUUUCUAAAUUGAAGAAAUAAUUCAAAUGUCAAUGAUGAUUGUACGUAAAGCAUUCAUGUCUCAAUAAAUAAAAUCAAUUUACCAA